ACAUUGCUUUUUUUAAAGUGAUUUGUUAGUAGGUGGUUUUCUACGCUAUAUUUUUUAUUAUUCUGUAUUCAGCUAAUAUGAAUAUUUGCAUAAAAUUUCUUUACAAUAAGAUACGUCUAUCGAUCUUAUUCAUUAAUCCAGUUAUAUAGAUGUUUUUUCAUGUAAAUUUGACAAGUAGAGCUACAUUCUCGCCAAUCGUUCCGGUAUCAACGUCUGGUGCAUCGAACGAUACACGAAGAAACUUUACGACGCCGCACUUGCUCGGAUCGCCCGUGCUGCGGGCAACCCGGUGCCGAUACAAUUCUAUCGCGAGUUGCGAGCGGACCGUUCAAUUAAUCGCUCCGAUUAACGUUGUCUCUCGGACGUCAAUGGUGCUGGAUUACCGAGGGUGGUGGUGUCCUUUUCUGUUGGUCCCAGAUUUAGUGCGGCGCCGCGGCGUGUGGCGUCGCUAGCGGGGGGUGCGGCGUCGCUCGUAAAGCAUCGGUCCGCACAUUCUACUGACGCGCGCCUCGGCGACUACGCGUUGCGUAACACCGCGCCAUAAACAACACGACGUGUUCACCUCCGCACCUGACGAUCGACUACUGCCGGCUAUUUACCCACGUGCGCCACCGCUACACGCAUUACGUAUUGCGCUCAUGCCGCAUCUAAAACGCUGACACGUGACUUGACGGAGUGAAACUCUGGGAACUCUUUCGGAACUGUGAGUUUUGUGAAGAAGUUAUUAGAGAACGGAAUGGCGCGAGCCCGUUUGCCGUCGGCGAGCCGCGGCCGCCCGGCUUAAGAUACGUCGAGGAACCGAUGAGGAGACACCGUCCGUUGUCACUGCGUGAGACGCCAGUGAGAUCGAUCGCUGCCGUGUGGUGAAUGGAAUCCGAAGUGUUUGUGUGGUGAUAGAACUGUGGUAGUGUCGGCCCCAGUGGCCGAGAAUCUGCGACGGAAGAUACGGACGCGAGCCACGCGGGCUGCGGGCCCGCGAUGAGCGCCAACAAUUGCGACAGUAUGACAUAUUUUUCUAACGCAUACAUGCCGGAUAUGAGGAACGGAGGAGGCCAUGAGCACCAGCAAGCUCACGCGCAUUACGGCGCAGUGCCACAGCAAGGGCACGAGAUGGAGGGUUGUGAUCAGCAACUCAGGCCAGCACAGCAUCAUUACCCGGCGCAACCUGCGCCCGGAAUGCCCUACCCUAGGUUUCCGCCUUAUGACCGUUUGGGGUAUUACCAACAAAUGGAUCAGAAUGGUUACCGGCCUGAUAGUCCGUCUCAAAUGGCGCAUAAUAUGGGUCCGAAGUCGGACGGGUAUGGUCCGAAUGGGCAUCAACCACCGGCGCCUGCGGUUUACACGUCUUGCAAGCUACAAGCGGCGGCGGCGACGGCAGGAGGAGUCCCUGGGAGUCCUCCAUUGGAGCAAGCACAGCAGAUGCCGCACCAUAUGCACCCACAGCAGCACAUGGUGCAGCAUGGGGUGCCUGCUCAUCAGCAGCACCUCAUGUACCCAGUGGACGACAUGCAGCAUCAGACGCAGAUGCCGCCCAUGCACCAGCAGUCCAUGCACUCGCAGCAACCACCUCCUCAACAGCCCCCGCCAAAUACCAAUGCGUCGCUGCCUAGUCCACUCUAUCCCUGGAUGCGGAGUCAAUUUGAGAGGAAGCGAGGUCGGCAAACCUACACCCGGUACCAGACGCUCGAGCUAGAGAAGGAGUUCCACUUCAACCGGUACCUGACGCGGAGGAGACGGAUUGAGAUCGCACACGCGCUCUGCCUGACGGAGAGACAGAUAAAGAUCUGGUUCCAAAACCGGCGCAUGAAGUGGAAGAAGGAGAACAAGACCAAAGGCGAGCCUGGGUCCGGCGACGAGCCGGACAACAUGAGUCCGCCCACCUCGCCACAAUAAAGGCCUCCUUUAGCUUAGUUCAUGCGGUCCAGGUGAUGGAUCGAUCGUUUUCAGAUUUCAACCAUCCAUUCCAAAAGAGGUUUAGGUCCAUUAGGUUUCUAAUGUUGAAUUUUCCGUUCAAUCGCUUCAUGAAAUGGUAAAUCUGAAACGACCAAUCUUGAGGCCGAAGUUACUAGAACAGUUUAAUUUGUAUAAAUUGUAUGUUGGACUUUUCAUGAUAAUAUUACAUUAUAACUAAUACGUAACUUAGUGAUUUCGCAUAAAGAGUAAUGAGAGUGUGAUGAAGAGAUUUUUACAGUUGUUAAGUAUAAAUUAAUUUAUAGAACAAUCUCAAUACCAAUAAUUACCAAAAACGCAGUGUAUAUAUGGUAGUAAACUGCAUCGUCAUUGAGAUGACGUGAUUAUAGUUGGAUAAUUUUCAUUUUGGUUUGAAAUUUAUUCAUUCAUUUGGAAUAUUGGUUGUACUUAUAAAUUUUUCACAAAGUGCUACAAAAGCCUCGCGUACUAUUUUUUUUUUUCAUAAUACUACCCAAAUUUCAAAAAAUCUUGUCUGCUUCUAAAUGUUUGUUUUCACUUUUUUAAAUACAUGUAAAUCGGUCAAACUAUUGCUGAAAAACACUUGGUGAAAAAUUUCAAAAAGUUUUUCAAUAAUUUUGUAUCACAAAACCAUAAGGACCUCUUAUAUUUAACCAUUGAUAAGAAGGCAAUUAAUAUCGAUAUUGUUAUUAUUUAAUAUAUUUGAUGUUUUAUUUCUUGUAAGCUAUCAAAACGCUAUUCUGUAAAUACAUACAUGCAAGAUAAUUUUUAGAAUUUAUUAUGUACAAUUGUUUUAGUGUGAAUAAUAUUAAUGAGAUUAAUUUUGAAACAACGAUCAUUUCGCUACUUGAGUUCAUGCAUCGCUGUGUGUUUUAGUUUGAAUCUUCUCUGGUUUCAACUUUACUCUGAUUUCGUAAUUUUGGGAAGGCCAGUUAAUACAAGUGCAAUGUAUACGAUUUUUCGAUGACUCAUAUACGUAAUUAUUACUGAUAUUAAACGUCAUAGGAAAUCUAUUAUUAUUGUAAAAUGUUACGAAAGUAAAGCUUAUAAUUUAGACGAAGACAUUUAAUGUAAACAUAAAUAUUCUUUGAUGAAAUUUCUAUUUCAUGGACAAAUUGAUGUUGUGCCAUUCGAUGGAGAGAAAUCUAAAGACAUCUCGGAUUUGAUGCAUGUGGAUUGCUAAUUUAAUGAAUGGAAUAAAGUUACCUUCAGUUUUGUAUAAGGCAGAGGAACUUAUUUAUCUGUCUUAUUUGAAUCUUCUAAGGAAUGUUUGUAGAGAUACAAGGUUACGUGUACACAGUAUACCAAAGUUAGGAGAUAUACUACUGGUUGUUCAAUGUUUGUAAGGAAGCUUCUUACUAGACGUUCAAAAAUCAUGUCAUCAUUCGGUGUUUCUUAUACAAGUCUCUACGAGACAUUUUAUGAAAAGGUAUUUUUAUAAAAUCAUUGCCUAUGAAAACCAAUAUACGUAAAAAAAUAUCGA